AUUAAGUUAUUCGUAGAUAAGACGGCGUGUCGUCAAGGCGCUAGCUAUCACAAUUAUAAUCUAGGUAACGCGCGUUUGCAUAUAACCGGAGGCGUUGAACUUUGCACCGUGAGUCAACAGAACUUCAAGAAGAUUGCAACAGUGUCUGAACGAGACGAGUGCGCGGCGUGCACACGUACGCGCGAUAAGACGUGAAGGACCGGCGACGCGCGCAUGAAGACGACUGCAGGUGUCGAGUCCACAGGCGAGCCAUGGACAGGGAGCAGGAGUCGACGUGGCUGCUGGCGGCCCUGAGGGGUCACUUCGGCGCCGCCGUCGCCGACCUGCGCGUGCGGCCCUUCGCCGUCGCCGGCAUGAGCGUGCUGUCCAAGGUCUACUCUGCCUCGGGCACGGAGGUCGCGUCCGGGCGCCGCGUCGCGCUCGUCUGCAAGCUGCUGGAGGACGAGCCCACGAGGUCCAGCUUCCAGCUGGCGAUGCACUUCGACAACGAGGUCUUCUUCUUCGGCGAGCUGCUGCCGUUCCUCCUGGAGUCCUCCGGAGGAGGCGGCGACGACGACGGCGACGUCUCUGGGCUGUUCCCGCGGUACCGCUUCGCGCACCGGGACGACCUGCAGUUCCUGGUCGCAAUGGACGACCUCACGCCGCUCGGCUACGCGACGCCGACAAAGCCCCUGGACCGCGCACACGCCGCCAUGGCCCUGGAAGCCCUGGCGAGGUUCCACGCGCUGUCCUACGUCGCCAAGCGGACCCGCCCUGGGGAGUUCCGCGCGCUGAUGUCGCGCCUGCAGUACCCGCGCAAGACGAGCUACAUGCGCGCCAUGCUCGAGACCCUGAACGACAACUGCGUGCGCCGCGCCGUCGGCCUGUACCGCGAGGCGCGGCCCGAGGGGAGCGCGCGCUACUCCCGGCACCUGCGGGCGCUCGUCGACGACUCCUCGGAGCUGUACGGCGAGCUGUACGAGGGCCGCGAGCCGCUGGCCGCGCUCUGCCACGGCGACCUCACCAGGGACAACCUGCUGUUCCGCCACGACGGCGAGGGUCUGCCCGCGGCGGUCAGGCUCAUCGACUUCCAGCUCCUGUCGUACAGCUCGCCCGCCGUCGACGUGUUCCUCGUGCUGUUCGCGGCCACCGACGCGGCGGCGCGCGAGGCCCACUGGGACUCCCUGCUGGACGGCUACCACGCCGCGCUCAUCGCCGCCGUCAGCCGGUCCGCGGGCUGCUGCUCCCAGGAGUCGCUGCUCCGCGACCUGGGCCGCGAGGUCUUCAUGGCGGAGUUCAAGAAGUACUGCCACCAGGCCUUCUACGUCAACAACUUCUUCGAGCCGGUGCGCCGGCUGGAACCGGAGAAGCGCGGCGUUCUUAUGAAGGCCUUAGUGGAAGACGGCACCUGCCUGUCCAAGCUGAAGCCCUUGUUUGCAGAUUUGAAUAACAGCUACAGUGAUGAGUAUAAGCUGCAUGUAGUUACUAUGUUAGAACGAGUCCUUAAGUUUAAGGCCUCCUAGUUUUUUUUUUUUUUAAUUAUUACAAAUUUUAGUCUUAAAAAAAUUCCAUAGAAAUCCUGUAGCAUUAAAUUACACAUCUUGUUUAUGUAUUCACUUUAAUUUAUGCAAUUACUCUAAUAUAAAAAUAAACGCUAAAAUUUACGGCUCAUUUGUUUAAAUCCAGGGAAGAAAAAAAAGAUGUUUAGCAGCGGCAGCACUAAAAACUCAAUUAUAUGUUUAAGCAAGUGUGUACAAUGAAUACGGACACACCCAAAUGUCUUUGCAACAUAAUUUAGGCGCUCUUGAAAUGGGUCUGUGCGUGACCAAAAAGUGUUUUACAGCCUUUAAUGGGAAGAGAAGGGACCGUUUCUGUGUAUUUCUAUUUCUUAUUUGCAGUUCAGUCCACGCGGGUAUGGUUGUUGUAUCACUCGUGUUCCCUUGGCCGGGGGGGGGGGGGGAGAGCCUGGAAUUUUUUGGAAGUGGGAAACGUGACAGACGUUUCCGUGAGCCUAUGAAAUUUCUUGGUGUACACCCAUGUAUUACACCAAUGUUAUAUUAUCAAAUCAUCUCACCCAACCCCUCUAACAACACCUCAUAGUUUGUAAUUAACCGUUCUGGUUUCAAGGGAGCGGUUUUACCGAGCAUGUCCUGGCUUUAUUCAAGCCGCCGCUACGACGCGCGAGUUCUGCUUGAUGUAAGCCCGCUACGACGCGCGAGAGUUGGCUUUAUUCAAGCCCCCGCUACGACGCGCUGCAUGUCACAUGGGAAAGCGAGCGAAUCGGUAAUCUGUUGCAAACGUGAUAAGAUAUAAUCAGCAAACAGUUCCCCGUUACUUUGUUGACAGUGCACUUUGAUCUCGUUUUUUGUCUAGAAAACAAAGUCCUAGCGUCGAUGGUGCAUCUGUGUAUUCCACUUAGGUUCCAGUGCAGGUGCCUAUGAGAACGCUACGUAAAUUAUCAUUAACGACAAUUGUUAUACGGAUUACGUAUAUUUGCAAUGUUUCAAAUAUUCACGACAGUUUAAAGAUAGUAAAAAUUCGCUUUCAACAUUUGAUUACAUAGUAAGUUAGUUACCACUUAAGCUAAUAAAAGCGUAUUAAAAACAA